AUGAUAUUUAAAGUACGAUCAUCGAAAACUUUCAGAAAGGACACUAAUCUGCGAAUUCUUGAGUUUCCCUGUGGAGGUCUAAUCAGUGCUUAUCUGAAACACAUUAGUAUAACAUCUAUGUAUAGCCAAGUUCGAGGUCAUUCGCCUUCUGCGACCUCAGUGAGUCAGGGAAACGCUAAAGUUUUGUGUCAAUGUGGGACCAUCAGUUUUAGGGCGUCGAGACCUAAGCCUCUAGCGGUGUUUAUCUGUCACUGUACCGAAUGUCAGAAACAAUCAGCUUCAGCAUUUGGUUCGUCUUACAUAUUCCCUUCUGAAGGUUUAUGGCCCUUGCCAGAUGAUAUACGGCAGCAAUUGGGUAUAUGGAAACGGAAGACGGAUUCUGGAAACACACUGGAGUGUUAUUUCUGUAAAACUUGCGGCGUGCGAAUCCUACACAGAUCUAUCCUACCAGAUGGCAAACCCAAACCCACGGUGACAAUAAAAGCCGGGUGUGUGGAAGGAUUUACUCUAGAUGGGGCACGUCACAUAUACACGAGGUCAGCCGUUGUGCCUGUACCGGCAGACAGCGAUUCCGGACCACCUCAACAAAGGCCCUGA